AUGCCCAAAUUUUUUAAGUUUUUGCCCGAUCCACUAGCAGUAGAAAAAGACAUCCAUAGAAAGCAGGUUGUUACAAUGGACAAGAGGACGUCGACCGUUGAAAAACCUCCAGCCAGAAUUUUACAAUCCAAAAUAAGGGAUGGAAAAACCAGGUUCAUAAUCGUGCUAAUAUUUUUAAUAACGGCAUCUUUAACAUCGAGCCAGCCCGGCAAAUGCGAUCAGACGCCACCGCAAGCCACUGUACUUACACCCAGCGAAAAUAGAGGCAUUUAUAGUAUGACCAUUGACAUGAAGAGCAAGAAUAAAAAUAUUUAUCGAGCAGACCAGACCUAUGUUUUGGUACUAACUUCCAGUGAUAUUAAACGUCCAUUUAAGUGGUUCAUGAUAACUGUAGAGGAUCCAGAGGUGGACAACAGUAUAUACGAGUUUGAUCAUAGAUCAGUUGACGUCGGAAGUCUUAAGACAUUAGACACAAAUAGACAGUCGAGAUACAGUGAACGAUGUUACAACUCUGUGGAGAAUACAGAUAACUCUGACAAAUACAGGGUCGAGAUACACUGGGUAUCACCGAAACAAAGUGAUAAGAAACAAAGAGUAAGGUUGCGAGCCAUGGUUGCGGAAAAUGCUGAAGUAUGGUAUGUUGGAGAUGAUUUAACCGUUGAGUUAGAAAAGGAUACAACAAAGCCCUUGGAUAGUCCUCCUUUUCCACCGGUUGACUCCUGUAAUCUGUGCAGCGAGGCUCGAUAUGAGGUAAUAUUCAAAGGUCAUUGGUCAAGAAUGUCUCAUCCUAGAAACUAUCCUGUGAAGCCGGAUAAUAACGGUUAUAGCCACCUAGUAGGUGCCUCACACAGCUAUGAUUAUAUUCUUUGGCAAGAAGGUGAUGAAGCAAAACCUGGAUUAAGGACAUUAGCUGAGAAGGGUGAUAUUUCUGUAAUUGAAAGAGAAAUUAUAAAUGCAAUGUCUCUCACAAAUGGAACUCGAACGCUAAUUAGAGGUAAACGUCACGUCCAUCCAUACAUGUUCGAACCAUCCCAUUCUCUCUUCAGGGUGGACAGGACACAUCAUUUAUUUUCACUAGUAAUUGCGAUGAAGCCUUCCCCUGACUGGUUUUUGGGAGUUACAAGAUUUGAACUAUGUACAGAACUCGGUUGGUUGGAAGAGCAUGAAUUACCAUUGUACCCUUGGGAUGCCGGUACAUUGGAUGGUAUAUCGUAUGAGUCGGCAACGUCAACAACUCAGCCAACUGAAACCGUCGAUCGCGUGGCAGUGGGCUCAUUUGACAUGGAGUCCCCAUUUUAUCAGAUGAACCUAAACGAUUUAAAACCUUUCGCCUACCUACACGUGAGACGGCUAGAUGUUUAUCCCUUACUUGGAGAUGAUUGCGAGGAAGGUACCAAAAAGAACGAGGGUGUACAAGAACAAGAAGCUAUAUCAGAAAAUGCCGAGAAACCUAACGAUGAACCACAAGUACAGGCAAUGAAGCAAGACCCAAAUUUUCAGGAAGAUAAUUGUCCUCUAGGCGAAUGGAGUGAGUGGUCCCGAUGUGAACCAGAUUCCGGGCGUUGCGGUAUCGGGACACAAUUCCGUAGUCGUUACACGGAUGACGGAAAAGUUUACUUCGAAACCUACAAAGAUCAAGGAGCUUUUCAAGACGGCUAUAAAUCACGAGCGAAUAUGGCGGCAAUUUGUCGACAAGAACAAGAUGGCGCUCUGAUAGAGUCGCGAAAUUGUUUUGCGGAUUGCUCCUGAUAUAAUAAAUCAAAAUAUAAUUACAAUAAAUUAUCUCCUUCAAAUGCGCGUAAUAAAAAGUUAAUAUUCGAAUUUUUGAGCAAAAUUCUUGAAGAUUCAAGGAUUGCAUAUAAAAAAUGUAAAUUUACAUUGAUAAGUAGGUAGUGAAUAAAAUAAAUUUAUCAAACUAA